AUGGUUCGUGAAAUUCCAGCCCCUGUUUCUCCAUCAUCGAAAAAGAGAAGGGCUAAGGAUCUUGCCAAGUUUAUCAAGAAGAACCAAAGGACUGACGAAGAAGAAAAAGUUCCUGAAACACCUAAAGUCCAUAUUCAAGAUGCAGCAAAUAUCAGUCCACCUAUUACUAUUUCAAAGCCUACUGAUUCGAGAUCCGUUGAACAAGGUCUUGUUAUUUCUCUACCCCAGGUUACAUCAACUACUGAUUCUCUAACUUUUCAAUCUAUCAUGGAUCAACCGUUCACUACAAUUUUUUCUACUCAAUCUACUGAUCCACCGAACCCAUCGUCCCCUGUUGAUGAAACCAUGGCUACUGAUGCUGGAACUGACAACGAAGGCUUUGGAGGAACGCUCUAA